GGAGACCAAGAUUGACUGUGUCCAGUCGCCACCAAAGCUGCCAUACUGGUGACUCAGCUCACUACUCCGUACAUCCGCAUCGCACCAGCGGCUGGUGACGACCAACUAACAGGACAGGCCACCCAUAAGCCUGUCGCUGUGGAGCCAGAGAAACAGACUGACAACACAGUGAAGAUAACCGGCGUAAUCGCUGGCGUCCUCCUCUUCGUCAUCAUCUUCCUCGGAGUCAUCCUCCUCCUGAAGAAAAGGAAGCUGGCUAAGAAACGUAAAGAGACGUUGAGCAGUACUCGACAGGAGAUGACAGUGAUGGUUAACUCUAUGGAUAAGAGUUGUACGGAGCAGGGGACAAACUGCGACGAGGCCUUGUCCUUCAUGGACACACACAGCCAAACCCUCAACACCAGGAGUGAGUGUACCCUCACACUCAAUGGCCGUAGCGAGUGCACCCUCGCCGUCAAUGGCAGAACUGUGUUGUCCCCUUCCUCCUUCACCCUGAAUAAGUCUAAUACUCUCAGUUCAACGCUCCCCAAGUCCUACUACCCAGAUCCCUUUGUGCCGACUGCUAUCUUAGACGACAGCCAGAUGCUGGGUGGUGGUGGUAGCUGCAGCGACACCAGCAGUCUGGUCCAGUCUCACGGCCACUCCCUGAGAAAGAGGGAGGGGACAGUAGACGCGCCCUACCAGACGGGCCAGCUCCACCCUGCUAUCAGAGUAGCCGACCUGCUGCAGCACAUCACGCAGAUGAAAUGUGCGGAGGGAUACGGCUUCAAGGAAGAGUACGAGAAAUAG